AUGAAGUCAAUGUACCGCUGGACGCGGGUUCGCUCCCUCGCCCUCAUCCUCAUCGUCAGUGGUACUCUGUUCUAUUACCUCUUCACGGCAUGGACCCGCACCGAGUCUUAUAUGCUCGAAAAAUACAUGAACCUGCAAAAUGUCGCCCCUCCACCGGCGAACACAAAGGCCAGCUUCGACUGGUCUUCUGUCACCUACAAGUACCCACCACAAAAGCCGCUGGUUCCCCUCCCAAAGCGGCCCGGUUGGGGCUCCUCUCUCCCCCGGGUACAACACAAGUUCUCCACCGAAUCUGCCGCCGCCGGCCGGGCCCGUGAGGCCCGCCGACAUGAGGUCCGCGAGCUUUUCAAGAAGAACUGGGCGAGUUACAAAAAGUACGCCUGGAUGAAGGAUGCUCUUAACCCCGUGUCUGCCACUGCUAAAGAUCAGUUCUCCGGGUGGGCGGCGACGCUUGUUGACUCACUCGACACCCUGUGGAUCAUGGGUCUCAAGGCUGAAUUCGAGGAGGCGGUUGCUGCCGUGGCCACGAUUGACUUUGGUUCGUCUAGCUCAGACCGGGUGAACACGUUUGAGACGAACAUUCGCUAUUUGGGAGGUUUGAUGGCGGCGUAUGAUCUCAGCAAGCGCAAGGUUUUGCUCGACAAGGCCGUUGAGCUUGGCAACCUUCUCUACGGCGCCUUCAAUACUGAGCACCGCAUGCCCGUCGAUUUCAUCAGCUUCAGUGAAGCAAAGAAGGGCACGGGUCUCGAUGUCGAGAGCUCUGUGGUAUCUGCCUCUCCUGGAACGCUGUCCCUCGAGAUGACUCGCCUGUCACAGCUGACAGGAGACCCAAAGUAUUACGACGCAAUUGUAAAACUAAUGGAUCUCUUCCACGAUGGACAAAUGAAAACAAAAAUCCCGGGAUUAUGGCCCAUGUUUGUCUCCAUGAGGAGCCAGGAUGUCGUCUCUGGCACACAAUUCACCAUAGCCGGCUGCGCAGAUUCGCUGUAUGAGUACCUCCCCAAGAUGCAAGCCCUACUCGGGGGUUCUGAGCCCAAGUACCGCGAAAUGACAGAAGCGUUCCUCAAGGCCGCUAAUGAAUCACUCUUCUUUCGCCCGAUGCUCCCUGGAGAAGAGGAAAUCCUCAUUUCCGGAAAUACCAAUGUCAAUAUCAACGGGGAGAAGGUUCUCGACCCUGAGAGCGAGCAUCUGGCCUGUUUCAUCGGCGGCAUCUACGCUCUGGCUGGAAGGUUACUAAAUAAAGAGGAGUGGGUGAACGUCGGCGCGCAGCUGACACUUGGAUGUUAUUACGCCUACCAGGCCAUGCCGACAGGCAUGAUGCCCGAGCGCUUCAACAUGCUGGCCUGCGCUCACAGAGAGAACUGCAAGUGGGACGAAGACCGCUGGGAAAAGGAGAAGCGACUGCGGCCCGAAUACAAAGAGCACUUGCCCAAGGGCUUUACGACGGCCAAGGACCCCCGGUACAUUCUUCGCCCGGAGGCCAUCGAGAGCGUCUUCGUUAUUUACCGCGUCACGGGCAACCAAGGUUUUCAGGAGGCGGCGUGGGAGAUGUGGAAGGCCGUGAGCAACGGAACGCUCGUCGAGAACGGCAAUGCAGCCGUGCUGGACGUCACCAAGAAGGUUGACCCGUUGCCUAAAGAAGAUUAUAUGGAGAGUUUCUGGCUGGCGGAGACAUUAAAAUACUUUUACCUUGUCUUCUCGCCGCCUGACCUCAUCAGCCUCGACGACUAUGUACUGAACACCGAGGCUCAUCCCUUCCGGAGACUCCGCUGA